CUUUGCUGAAAAGGCCCUGAUCUGAAGUUAACCAUCCGUGCAGAUGACAAAUAGAGGAACGACGACACUCAUUCCGAGCAGGAGCUGAGACUCUCAUAAUCCUCAUUGAAUCCGCAUCCCUGGAGCUUCGCGGUUGAUUAAUAAUAGAUCGAUGUGACAUCACCUGGACGAUUGUCCCUCCGUCUCUCAGUCUAACCCUCUAUCUACGGCAACCCCGAGCAGAGAAUGUCGACUGCCGCAUAUCCCGGACAGAAAUCCGAGCUCAAUGUCGUCUUGGGGACGAUGACCUUCGGAGCCCCGGGCACUCCUGGUACACGCGUCACUAAUCUGAAAGACAUCGAGGCCAUGAUCGACGUCUUCCUCAGUCAUGGGCACCGCGAGUUCGAUGCAGCGCGUUUCUACGCAGUGGGAACCAACGAACAGGUGCUUGGUCAGAUCGACUGGAAGGGCAAGGGGGUCCUGAUGGAGACAAAACUUUUCUCUGUCCCGCCCGAGCUCGGUUUGACGCACAUCGGUGACCACUCCCCGCAAAAUAUCCGCAAGUUCUGUCAGAUGUCGCUCGAUGCCCUCAAAGCAGACCGGAUCGAGAUGUGGUAUCUGCAUGGGCCUACUCGUGGCAAUUCGUUCGAAGAUGCACUUCGGACUGCCAAUGAGCUCUACCAGGAAGGGAAGUUCAAGCGUUUCGGCAUCAGCAACUACAAGUCGUGGGAGGUUGCUGAAAUUGUCGGGAUCUGCGAGCGCAACGGCUGGGUCAAGCCCACCGUCUAUCAGGGCUUGUACAAUGCUAUCCAUCGGGCUGCUGAGCCAGAGCUCUUUCCUUGUCUCCGCAAAUUCGGGAUCGCAUUCUAUGAAUUCAAUCCGCGGGAGUUUGGCGGCGGAUUCUUCACCGGACGCUACUCCGGGAUGGAAAGUGGAGCCGAUUUUGGCUCUCGCUUCGACAACACUCAUGCUACCGGUCAUAUGUACCGCAGUCGCUACUGGAACGAGCCCUACUUUGAGACACUCGCAAAGGUUAAGGAAGCAGGCGAGAAGCACGGUCUUACCUUGCCUGAAAUCGCUCUGCGAUGGAUCAAUCAUCACUCCCUCAUGAAGCGUGAAUAUGGCGAUUCGAUUUUGAUCGGCGCGUCCAGCAUGGCGCACCUGAGACAGAACCUCAUUGACCUCGAUAAGGGACCGCUGCCUGAAGAUGUCGUCUUGGUAUUGGAUGAGGCCUGGACGAACAGACUGAAGGGUGUCUGCACUGGAUAUGUCGCAGAUGUGUACAGCAAGUAAUCACAUCAUGGACCAGUGAAUGAUCACU